UUCCCUUUCACUCGACGUCCAUCAGGUUUCGAGUUGGCCAUUGGAGCGGAGCUUCUCUCCAUCACAUUUUACACCGUCUCCAGUCAGUGCUGUGGCUUUUCAGUAAGGUCCACUUUUUACCGUCAUCUCGUGUCGUGCAAAUGCUACAACUUAUCAGUGUGGUGAGAAGUGACUGCGUAUAAUUUUAACUGCGUGUCUUCGCUGCGUUUCCUCAACCGGAUCCGCUGAAAAUCGUGUACUUGUUGAAAGGUGGCAGGAAAUCCGUUACCGAAGAGAAAAGGGCGAUCACCGUGUCGUGUGCGAAAAGAUCGAGACUGUCCCGUGUGGAAUAAGUGCACCAGUUUUCCUUUGUUGAGUGCGUGUGUGAUUUUUAUCCCUCAGGCCGUCGCCAGAAGGAAACCAGCAAUAUGAGUGGUACUCAAGCUACAGCCGCCGCCGCCCCGGCGCCAGUUCUUAAGAAAGGGAUCGUCAAGCAGGUUUUAUCGGGUGACUCGGUCAUUAUUCGUGGCCAACCGAAGGGAGGACCCCCACCGGAGAAGCAGAUCAAUUUCGCUGGCGUUAUUGCACCGAAGCUCGCCCGUCGUCCAACCAGCUCUUCCACGGAAGUAACGAAGGAUGAGCCGUACGCCUGGGAAGCUCGCGAAUACCUGCGUCAGCGACUGAUCGGCCAGGAAGUUUACUUCCACGCUGAGAAACCUGCGAAUGCUACCCGCGACUAUGGUUUUAUCUGUCUCGGUAAGGAUCCGACUACUUCGGAGAAUAUUGUCGAGUCGAUCGUCUCCGAAGGCCUCGUGAGUGUCCGUCGAGAAGGCGUCCGACAAACACCUGAGCUAUCCCGCCUGAUCGAGCUUGAAGAUGCGGCGAAGGCUGCUCGCAAGGGCAAAUGGAGUGAUUCGCCACCAUCGGACCACGUGCGUAACAUAGUCUGGACAAUAGACAACCCGAAAUCGUUCUUUGAUCAGCAUGACGGUAAACCGAUCAAGGCCAUCAUUGAACAUGUUCGCGAUGGUUCGACGGUACGUGCGUUCCUGCUGCCUGGUUUCCAGCAUAUCACGUUGAUGAUGUCCGGAAUUCGAUGCCCCGGUUUUAAGAUCGAUGCUGUGGGAAAACCCGAUCCAACGACGGAGAUUCCGUAUGUCGAAGAAGCCCGAUACUUUGUCGAGUCUCGUCUGCUACAACGCGAUGUCGAAAUUCGACUCGAAUCCGUUAACAACUCUAACUUUGUCGGUACGAUCAUUUUCCCUAAGGGUAACAUUGCGGAAGCGCUGCUUCGCGAAGGUUUUGCCAAGUGUGUCGAAUGGAGUAUGCCCUACGUGAAAGAAGGCGUCGAUCGGCUACGAGCUGCUGAAAAGCAUGCGAAAACGAAUCGAUUGCGACUCUGGAAAGACUAUCAAGCACCAACCGCUGCAUAUAAUUCCAAGGACAAGGACUUUACCGGAACGGUAACGGAAGUGUUCAACGGUGACGCCAUCAAUGUCAAGAUAAGUGCCACCGUUACGAAAAAGGUGUUCUUCUCCAGUGUCAAGCCCCCACGUGAAGCAUCGCGUGGUCCGGACGAGGAAGGUAACAUUCCGCCACGCGCCCGAGGAUCUCGUCCGUUGUACGACGUACCGUGGAUGUUCGAGGCCCGCGAAUUUCUGCGCAAAAAGUUAAUCGGCAAGAAGGUGCACUGUUCGUUGGAUUAUGUCACACCGGCUCGUGACAAUUUCCCUGAAAAGUGUUGUUACACCGUGACGCUGGCUGGAGCCAAUGUAGCGGAAGCUUUGGUAGCCAAGGGUUUCGCCACCGUAAUUAAGCAUCGCCAGGAGGAAGAUCAACGAUCUGCGCACUAUGACGAGCUCCGUGCGGCUGAGGCACAAGCCAUGAAGGGACUAAAGGGUGUGCACGCCAAGGAUGACAUUCCGGCGCAUCGUAUUAACGAUUUAACGUUGGACCACUCCCGCAUCAAGCACCAAUAUCUACCAUCGUGGCAACGAGCUCUGCGUACUGAAGCUGUUGUUGAGUUUGUAGCCAGCGGAUCUCGUUUCCGGAUUUACUGUCCCAAGGAUAGUUGUCUGGUGACAUUCUUGCUGGCUGGCAUUUCGUGUCCUCGUUCGUCACGCCCUGCUAUCAAUGGUGUUCCCGCUCAAGAGGGUGAACCAUUCGGCGAUGAGGCCCUCCAGUUCAGUCGAGAACGAAUCCUGCAGCGGGAUGUGAGCGUGAAAAUUGAAACAACCGAUAAGGCCGCAACCAGCGUAAUCGGAUGGCUGUGGACCGAAGGCAACGUCAAUCUUUCGGUAGCCCUCGUAGAGGAAGGACUCGCUUCGGUUCAUUUUACCGCUGAGAAAACGGAACAUUAUCGAGCUCUAGCUGACGCGGAAGCUCGCGCCAAAUCUAAGCGAAAGAAUAUCUGGAAGGAUUAUGUGGAGAAAACCGAAGAUGAGAAUAAAGAGAACGAGGAUGAAAAAGAGGACCCGACUGCACCUGCCGACCGGAAGGUCAAAUAUGAGAAUGUUGUCAUUACCGAGAUUACCCCCGAUAUGCACUUUUAUGCGCAACAUGCCGACCAGGGUUCCAAACUGGAAGAACUGAUGGGGAAACUUCGUCAGGAAUUCCGUGCAAUGCCCCCGGUAACCGGAGCGUACAAUCCCCGCAGGGGAGAUCUUUGUGCGGCAAAGUUUACGGAAGACAACGAAUGGUACCGUGCAAAGGUGGAAAAAUUGGAAAAGGGUGGUAAUGCGUCCAUUCUAUACAUAGACUACGGCAACCGUGAGACGGUUCCGACCACCCGCUUAGCAAUGCUCCCGCCUGCAUUCCUGUCCGAUAAACCUUACGCGCACGAAUACUCGCUGGCACUGGUGGUCCUGCCAACCGACGAGGAUGACCUAACCGAUGCUCUCAAGGCCUUCGCCCAGGACGCACUCAACAAAAACCUGCAACUCAAUGUCGAGUAUCGCGUCAGCGGUGCCGAACACGUUACCCUUGUUGACCCUGCCACCAAGUCCGAUAUCGGCAAAGAGUUGAUCGCUGACGGUUACCUUAUCGCCGAAAAGAGCAAGAAGGAUCGCAGACUGCAGAAGUUGAUAUCCGACUACAAGGAAGCUGAGCAAUCUGCCCGCAAGAACCGCAACGGCAUCUGGCAGUACGGCGACAGCACCGAGGAUCAGGCCGGUGAAUUUGGUCUUGGCCGCUAGGCAGUGGCCAUCCAACAAGCGUGAAUAUAUCCCCUGCCCAACAACAACAGUAACACACGUACACACAUCUAUAAUAAUGACAUUAUUUUCAAACAAACAUGCGUGUAGAGUGGUAACAAAUUCAACUAUAUAAGAUAUUAUUCCAGUUUAUUUUUUUUAAAGAGAAAAAAAAACAUUAAAACCAAUACUUCCAAACAUCCACUAGCUAGAACAGAAAAAAAAACAAUGUGGUGUGGAGACACCAUUGAUAACAAUCAGCGAACCGAAAAGUGAGCAGCACCAUUUUCCCAUAUGUAAUAAUCAUACCAGCAGCUCCCCGUACUAAGCCUGGAACGGAAAACCAGAGAUUCUGUAAGGGAUGUGAGUUAGUUCAUCACAAACAUUAACCAAGUACACAAACAACCACAACACAGUCUGAUUAAUAUAAAUAGCUACACGUAGACAGCCGGCCUUUGAUUAAUUGGUAAUCGUUGGAUAGCAGAACAAAUCGGGUCGGUUUUUGUACUUGCGGUACAGUACAGAAGGAGAGCAAAAUCCACUCCAAGCUAGCUGUAGCAGUUAUCUUUUGCUUAUAUUUUUUGUGUCCUUCUUUUGCUUAUCAGAAACGAAAACUUUAUAAAUUAGAUUCGCGGAAAAAAUCAACAGGCAGUUUUGUUUUUCCUUACGUUUCAAUUGUCCGGCGGUUGGAAAAUACUUUAAACUUUGAAGCUUCUAAAACGCCUAAUGGCGUUCGACAGCUGAAACAAGGGUAAUACAUAUUGGUAAAAAAGAAAUAUAUAUUUAUGAAAUGUCCUAACGCAAGAUCAAAAUAAGGAUUAUUAAUAAAGCUGAAUCGUCAAGUUACUACAAA